AUGAAUUUGCUUCUCUGUUUGGUUGGCUAUGAGGACCUCCGACUUAUUAAUGCCAAGGGAGUUACGGAGUAUGCAGCAGAGGAAGCUAACAGAUGGAGAUUGAAGCGAGAUGUAUAUAUACUUCUAUCGAUUAAUCUCAGGUCUUACGAGAGAGCCAAAGUUCUUGAAACCACAGACUUGGAAUUUGAUGUCAAAAGAUUGCAGAGGAAAAAGGUGCUUAUGAUUUCUCUUUACUGGUUUCAAUCAAACUUUUUGGUUCUUGAUGAUAUUGACCUCUCCAUUCAGCGAGAACAACAACUUGAAGAGGAUGAAGUUGAACACGGAGAUGCCUACUUCGCUCUCAGAUCACUAUUCAGUGAGGAUUGCAAGGUGGAUGAUGGCAAUUUCUUGCUACCGGAUUUGAAUUUAAUGCCAUGUGAGGAAAAUGGUGACCACUAUGCUUCUUCUUUGGGUGUCGAAACAACACUAUAUGGGAUUAGGAUGAUAAGGUCAGAGGAAGAGAGUCACUCAACCCUAACAAGUGGUUUUGAGAAUCGUGUUUGA